UUUCAUAAGAAAAAAAAUGUAAAAUACUUUCCAUAUUAAAAAACGCUCUCAAGACAAAAAUGGCGAUGACAAAGGAGAUCUAGGGUUUAGAUGGAUUCUCGACGAUGGGAUCCCGGUGAAGGAGUGGGUGGUUGUUUGGAGCGGUGUUACAUCUGUUGAAGGAUUAUGGAGAAACGGACGGGCGAUUUCAGCCAAAUCCCCGAUGGAUGAAGAUGGCAAUGGAAAUUGAUUUUCUUGGAAAGUUGAGGAGAUAUGGAAUCAGAUUUUGAUUUCAAUCAUCUUCAAGAUGAAAUCGCGAAGGUUACAAGAGUCAGUUACUACUCGUUAACAACACCGACGUGAAGAAUGGUGAGGGCACUCGCAAAAGGUUGAAGAUUUCGGUCCCACACUUUGACAACUCUGAGCUGAUCAAAACAACAUUUUCCAAAACGUUGAUUGGAAGGUGUAUGAAGCAGGAUAUGAAGGCGCUGAUCACGAAUCUCCCAAAGAUAUGGAAGUUGGAGGAUCAUGUAGUAGGAACGGAUUUGGGUUUUGGGAAAUUCCAGUUUGUCUUUGAGAAAGAGGAAGAUAUGGAUGGAGUUUUAAACUUUCAACCGUUUCAUUUCGAUUAUUGGAUGCUUUGCUUGGCUAACUGGCAACCAAAGAAAUCUCAGCAUUACCCGUCGGAAAUUCCGUUUUGGUUCCGGGUUCUAUGUGUUCCGGUGGAGUUCAAGACGGCACCUAUGUAUGAGAGUAUUGGAAAUGCUAUAGGAAGAACGGUGGCGGUGGAUGUGGAGCACUCACGAGUUCAAGUGGUGGUGGACGCGUUCAAAGAACUAUGUUUUGAAACCACGGUGGACUUCGCAGGUGGGGAGUUUUAUGAAAGUGAGGAAGCUCCGGUCUCAUUGCGAUAUGAGAAAUUAUUUGGUUAUUGCUACAUCUGUUUCAGUUUGUGUCACAAGGAUGAGGAAUGUCCUCUACACGAAUAAUUCUAAAAAGGGAGCUGAAGGAAACCGGGAGGUAAUGGUGGAUGGCGCGAUGGGGGUAAGCAUGAUGAGAGGGCUAGAAGCUACAAAGGAGUGAUCAUUAAUGGUCCUGUGAGUCAACAGAAUAGAAAUAGAGAGAGUCGGGAUCACCAUGGGAAGGGGAAA